AAAAAGACGACAAAGCACGACACGACUCGACCCAGCACGACAAAACACGCUAAAUUUAGUAAAAUUAACCUUAGGCACGACGAGCGUCCCGACCCGACACGAAAGCAUGUGGGGCUUGGGCCAGACAUGGGCCUUGUUUUAAACUUUUCAACCUGGCCCGUUACAAUGUGGACCAGCCAUGGACUCAGCCCAAAGUCCGACCCGGCCCACGACCAUCUUUACCAAGGUCACCACGCGGCCGAGAAACAGGGUCAUUAGUCCGUUUAUUCCGUUACACAUUAGUCAUAACCAUGAGGAAACCAACAGGCCAAAACCUCCUCAAACUCAACAUUUCCCGCCUUUCACAGCGACGAAAACUCUCAACUUUUCAUACUGAUGAACCCUAUAAAACCAUCCAACAAUUCCAACACUCAAAAGAUUUAAACCUCGUGUUAUACUCCCAUUCAAAGCUCCUCAAAUCUGGGUUUUUAACCCAAACAUUCCCCACCAAUCACCUCAUCAACGCAUACAUUAGAUGUCACUUAAUCAAGAACGCACACAAACUGUUCGACGAAAUGCAUGAACCAAACACCAUUUCUUGGACUUCCCUAAUGGGGGGUUACAAUUCAGCAGCUAAACAACCCCAAAUAGCUCUUUCCCUCUUUGCAAAAAUGCCCAAAAACACAGUUUUUCCAAACGCGUUUACACUGUCAACUGUCAUAAACGCUUGUUCUGCAAUUGCUGAUGUAAAAACAGGGGAAAUUAUCCAUGCUUAUGUUGAAUUGUAUGGGUAUCAGAGAAACCUUAUUGUAUGUACUUCAUUGGUUGACAUGUAUGGGAAAUCGAAUGAUCUUGUUUCUGCUAGACGUGUUUUUGAUUCGAUGGUUGAGAGGAAUGUUGUUUCUUGGACAUCGAUGAUUGUGGGUUAUGCACAAAGUGGUCAAGGGUACGAAGCAUUGAUGCUUUUUAAGGAGUUUAACAGGGUUGAAGAUGAUUAUCCGAAUCAGUAUAUGUUGUCUAGUGUUGUUAAUGCUUGUGCGAGUUUGGGGAGGCUGGUUUGUGGGAAGGUGAUGCAUGCUGUUGUGGUUAACAGAGGGCAUGAAUCGAAUGAGAUUGUAGGUACUGCACUUGCUGAUAUGUAUGCUAAAUGCGGAACCUUCAAAUCCUCCCUAAAAGUAUUCAGAAACAUGCUCAACUCUUCCCUAAUAUCAUACACUUCCAUGAUCAUCUCUGCUGCAAAACACGGCCACGCAGAACUCUCAAUUCAGCUCUUUGAAGAGAUGAUUCACAAACAAAUAACACCAACAGACGUAACAUACCUCGGCGUCUUGUACGCCUGUAGCCAUUCAGGACUCGUUGAAAGAGGUCUCGAACUCUUCAACACGAUGCAAGAAAAAGACGGUGUUGCCCCUGACGUGAAGCACUACACUUGUGUUGUUGACAUGUUAGGAAGAAGAGGUCGUUUAGAUGAAGCAUAUAAACUGGCAAAGACAAUAGAGUUACGAAAUAGUAACGAGGGUGCUAUGUUAUGGGGGUCUCUGCUUUCGGCUAGUAGGCUUCAUGGAAGAGUUGAUAUAGCAGAAGAAGCUAGUAAAUGGUUGGUUGAAGCUACAGAACAAGUUGAUUCUGCUUAUGUUUCAAUGUCGAAUGUUCAUGUUUUGGCUGGGAAUUGGGAUGAUGCAGAGAGUGUUCGUGAAGAAAUGAAGCGUGUAGGAGUAAGGAAAGAGCAUGGGUGUAGCUGGGUCGAGAUUAAAGACUCGGUUUAUCAAUAAUCAAUCAAUCAAUAACUAUAUAUUAAAAGACACAUCAGAAAUAACAUGUGUCAUCUUCUGGUGUGUCCUGAUUGAGAGACAUUUUGUUGUGAUGUAAAUAGAUUUCAUCAUUUCAAACAUGGAUCUUGUAGUUGGGGAGAUUAUUGGUAAUAAUAGUGAUAGUACGUGCGUGUGGGGUUAUGCCUCAA